GCGGCCAUCCAUCUGCUCAGACAGAACUCCCCUCGUCCUCUCUCUCUCUCUCUCUUCCCCUUUUCGAUUUACCAUUUUGCCCCUCAUCGUUCAUCACCUACCUUCCCUCCCCUUUUUCUCUCCCUCCUCAGAUCCACUCUCUCUCUACAGACCUUCUCCAUUUUAUCUCCCAGGGUUUUAGUCUCUCUCUCUCUCUCUCUCUCUUCCCGCAUUGACACUUCCCGUUCCAAUCGACUCACCCAUUAAUCCCCUGAGUCCCCCACGUCCAUUUGCUAGGGUUUAUCUGCCAAGUUUUCAGGCGAUCGAUUGCCCGGACCGCGUUAGCAUGUUGGGCGCGGGUUUGAAAUUCGGGCGCGGCGAAGAUCGCUUCUACAGCUCCGCCAAGGCGCGCCGGGCCCGCCAGAGCUUCCAGCGGGACAGCCUCCGCCGGGCUCAGAGCGACGUCACGCCCAGCGAAACCUCCCCGUUCCCUGAGAAGCCUCUGCCGGUAGCCUCUCCCGACCGGAGGCCUGAGAACCGGACAGCACUCGAGCCGGACCGCGAACCGUAUCCUGAGCCGGUUGUCCCGCCGUUAAGCAAUUUGCAGCGGUUCUUGGAGUCGAUUACGCCGUUUGUGCCCGCGCAGCAUCUAUCCAAGACGGCUAUGAGAGGACGGAAGACCUGUGAUGUGGAAUUUCAGCCAUAUUUUGUGCUUGGUGAUCUGUGGGAGUCAUUUAAAGAGUGGAGUGCAUACGGUGCAGGAGUGCCUCUAGUCUUGAAUGACAGUGAUUGUGUGGUGCAAUACUAUGUUCCUUACUUGUCUGGGAUCCAAAUAUUUAUUGACACCAAGAAAACACUGUUGAAGCCAAGGCGACCAGGUGAGGACAGCUAUAGUGAUUACAGGAGUUCAGGUAGUGAAGGGAGCAGUGAUGGUGAACAUGGCUGGGGUAGUAAGUUCUUAAGAGAACAGAAUCACUGCAGUUUAUCAAGUGGGGCCAUUACACCAAGACUGGAGAGUUUAUCGAUGAGAGACCAGAACGGUGCUCUCCCUGAGGACAUCUCCAGCGAUGAGGGUGAAUCAUCAUGUUCUGAAGGCCACCUGCUUUUUGAAUACUUUGAAUGGAAUCCUCCUUACUCCCGUGAACCGUUGGCAGACAAGAUAUCAGAUCUUGCUCAGCGCUUCCCUGAGCUAAGGACACUGAGAAGUUGUGAUUUACAACAAUCAAGUUGGAUUUCUGUUGCCUGGUACCCAAUUUACAGGAUACCAACAGGUCCAACACUGAAGGAUUUGGAUGCUUGCUUUCUGACUUAUCACUUCUUACAUAUAUCUAUGGAAGGUGCAAACGGUGAGCAGGUUCUCAGGGCGAGUUCCCGUGAUAUGGAUGGAAUUCCUAGGAUGCCCUUGCGUGCCUUUGGUCUCGCUUCAUACAAGCUUAAAGAAUCCUUGUGGAAUUCUAUUGGCCUCUCAGAUCGUAGUCAUGUUGCAAAUUCAUUCCAUGAGGCUGCUGAUGAUUGGUUGAGAUCACACCAGGUCAGUCACCCCGACUUCCAGUUUUUCUGCAGAAGGUGAGAUUUAACUAUUGCAGAAAUUCCUUGGCCAUCUGAAAAGGAAGGCCCCAAGUUUAUUUCCAUGGACAGUAAUCUCUUGUUUGGGAGGUAUAAGGCGGAUACACUACUGGGGGUUCUCUCUUGUUUGGUUUCAUUAUCAGUACCUGUGCAAAUUAAAGCACAAAGACAUGAAAGGAGAUUGAAACACAUUGGGGGGGGGGGGGGGGGGGAGGGGAAGGCAUGUAAAGCACGACUCAUAGGAAAUCAGCUUGAAAGGUAUUGUGAAAUAGAGACUGAAGUUUUGCAGCUGGAACGAAGACAUGCGUACUAUUGCCACAAGCAGGUUUCAGCUAGCAUUUGUUUUUUGUUUUUCCAUGUAACUUUGAGAAACCAGGCGUUUUUUCAAGUCCUGAUGAUCGGUAUUUAGAUUUCAAUUAGAGGGAUUUUUAAUUUUCCUUUUCUGAAUAUGGUAAGAGGGGUUUUUGACACACAGAAUAGUUGUAAGCUUUAGCUUAUAGUUUACCGAUGUAACAAAAAGUUGACUUGCGGGGACCGGUUAGCAUCCGCAUUAAUCUGUAGAACAAGUAUGUCUGAUUACAUAUAAUAUUAUAUAUGAACUGUAGGAUUGAGAAGA